UCUAGACUCUCAUAUCCAUCUGCAAACAGCUCGAGGCAACGAUCAGUAGCGAGCAGCAUAGCCAUCACGCGCUCCACGAGCACACUAAACAGCCAGGAACUCUUUGCAAGCGCUAGUGGAUUCUCCAUUCAGCGGGCUCCGAAUUCUUCGGACAGUCUCGCCUUUUGUAGUGGAGAGAGUUUAAGACGUACAAGUAUGUGGCUUGGUGAGAAGGACGGCAUUAAUAGCCUCGUGCUAGCGGGGCACCCUUCGUGGCGUCACACCUUGGAUUUGUUCCAGCCGCUGGACCGCUGAGCCGAUGAGGGCCUGGGACGAUGCCAGUGGCGGAUACAAUUCGGAGGGCAUUGGAUUUGAACGCUCGAGAAAACAGUGGUCAGUGCAUCGAUCUGGCGAGCAUGAAUGAUCCACAAAGGUGUGUGAAGAUAAUGUUGGGCACUGCAGCACGCAAACGGCAUCAUUGUUUUGGCAACGCUAGAACGUCAGCAUGAUCCUCGAAGAACAAUGACUUCCACGAAACGACGAGGCCAUUGCCACGAGAAAAGCUUGUCUGGCAAGAUCGUCAAAUGAGAAGCCUACAUGAUCUUCGAGAAUCUGGGCGAUGGGAACGUUGGCCAGUGGGUCGUGCGCAUCAAGUCAUGCACAAGCCUCUCUCGAGCGGCGCAGCUCCACGCACAGUCGCACAAGAGCCUCGAAUUCAACACUUACCUCUCCAAGCAGAUGUAUGGCAAAUGCGGCAGCCUCCAAAACGCUCGCAGCGUCUUUGACACCAUCCAGAUCUUCUCGUGGAACUUGCUGCUAUCGGUGCAUGCCCAGAACGGGGAAUUGGAGGAGGCCAGGCGGUCCCGUGCAAAGCCUCGGUGUCAUGGAACAUGACGGCGAGAAGCGAGGGCUGUUUUUGAUGGCAUGGAUUUGGAGGAAAGGGAUCCAGUGUCGUGGAAUGCCCACAGUGGGCAUUGAGGAGGUAUUUGAUGGAAUGCCACUUGGGCUCCUGGAAUGCGCCGUUUUGAGGAAGCGAAGGAUGUCUUUGAUGGUAUGCCCGCGAGGGACUUAACUUCCUGGAGCGCCAUGCUGGCGACUGUUGCCACCCUUGGGCAUCUUCAAGAAUUCAAGGAGUUUUUUUGGUUUGAUUCCCGAGUGGAAUACCGUCGCACGUUUUGACGAGAUUCCAUGCAGCAGCAUAUGCCCAAUGAGGGCAUCUUGAUUUGGCCUUGUAGCUCUUUGCCACGAGCGAAACUCCGUGUCAUGCACGACGAUCCUCGGCGGCUGACCCUACCAGCGGAGCAGUCAUCUACAAUGACUAUGUCGUGUGCUGGAACGACAUGUCUAUGCUUGCAACGUAACCUCCUUGGAGAAAUCUAGGUUGGUCACUAUAAUCGUAGGUUUAGGGUCUAAGCAAUCAAGAAGUGUUUUCUAUCUAGCAGCUCGCUAGAUUCUGGCUUAGGUCUGCUAUCCGCUGCAUGGCACCAGUGACAUAGAGUGCCCUGGAAAAUGGCAAGAACCAUGGAAGCGAUUUCAAAGACUAGGCAUAACCAUUAUUGCUUCUAGAGAAUAUGCUUGGGAGAAGUAUGCUAAAGGGAUGUGUGAAGGGCCUUACACUAACAACCAAGUCCUCCACUGGAACCAUCUCUAAGAUAUCCCCGAGGCGAAAUUCUAAGAAGCUCAUGCUUUUGGCAAGUCCAAUCCCAACUAAUCUCAAGCUUGAUCUUGUUCUACAAAGUCGCAAUGGUGGGAAGUUGUCAUGGAAGGAAAUACCAUUGGACUUUUUGAUGGAUUUGUGUCCACAAAAGCUCGCAUUGCUCCAGGCCUCAGGAUGCCAAGCAAAGCUUUCGAAAGUGCAGCACAAGGAGCAUGCUCUUCAAAGAGAUCGGCCAAUUGUAAGAGACAAUGGCCUGGAUGGAGCCACAGGAACUUGAUGAGUAUCUCCAAAACAUCCUCGCCAAUCUUCCAGGACAUCCAGUCCUCGUCCUCAUCAUCCAUUUCCUCGUCGUCUUUGAUCGAGCUUUCCUCGGCAGCACUGGCAAACUGUCCAGGAGGAGAGUUAUACUCCUCUUUACUAUAAAGGCUCUAUGGCCUACGAUCUUGAGAGCAACCUUGCCUUCUUCUUCUUUGCGAGUUGGAAGGACUUCACUACUAUAUGGACAGUAUUUGUGUGUGAUCUUUUCUGUUCAAAGGCACUACCCAAUUUUGAAUCUUACCAAAAUAUUCCUUUGGAAUGGCCAUGGUGAGUGACAAGAAUGCAAGACGAUACAAGCUUGUUGUGCCUAUGGUCCAUAUCGGAGCUUGGAACUCUGUGUUGAUGUAGCGCGAAUGGAUCGAUGCUCGGCGGAGUACUGUAAUUUCUCGCGGGGGUGAAUGGUAUGGGUUGAAGGCUCUUCGAUCAGACGAGGAGCGAUUAGCAUCACAGUUGCUAAAGGUUAGCGUGCAAUUGGAGAAAUCAAGCUUGUCUCGCCGCCAUUCGGAGUAUUCAAGCUUGAGAAGUGGCAGAAUGGUUACUUAGUUCUCCAGUAUAAUACUGGGCCUGCGAAGUGGUGGGGAGCAAUGCCAAGGAGAUUGCAUGCUUGACUGGAACUGAUGAUCAAGAAGAUUGGGGACUUUGGAAUGACAAAAGGACAAAUAGUGGUAUAAACUUAUUGAAUGGAGUCAUGGAGUGUGGAGGUUAAAGAAGAUACAAAAAAAUACACUAAUCUUGUCCAUGUCCAGCUUGUCUAAAUUUCUCAUAGAUCAAUCAAUAUAUAUGAUGAAAGUUGACAACAAGUUUGUGAGCAUCACGUCCUUCUCCCUACAUUCCCCAUGCACCCUGUGCGGCACCCGCCACGAGACUUAACUUGGUUUUCUCAUUUUCCAGGCCGCUGCCAAGAAAAGCCAUGAGAAGCAUACACGAGAAACUGGGCGUUGGCCAGUGGGUCGAGCGCAUCAAGUCAUGCACAAGCCUUUCUCGAGCGACGCAGCUCCACGCACAGCUCCUCCACUUGCACAAGAGUCUCGAAUUCGACACUUUCCUCUCCAACUUGCUCGUCCAGAUGUAUGGCAAAUGCGGCAGCCUCCAAAACGCUCGCGGCGUCUUUGACGGCAUCCGCCACAAAGAUGUCUUCUCGUGGAACUUGCUGCUCUCGGCGCAUGCCCAGAACGGGGAAUUGGAGGACGCCAGGCGGUUGUUCGAGGCCAUCCCGUGCAAAGACUCGGUGUCAUGGAACACGAUUUUGACUGCGCUCGUCCAGGGUGAGAGUAUGGAUGAAGCGAGGGCGAUCUUUGAUGGCAUGGAUUUGGAGGACAGGGAUCCGGUGUCGUGGAAUGUGAUGCUUACUGGAUAUGCCCAAGCUGGGCAUUUGGAGAAAGCACAGGAGGUUUUUGAUGGGAUGCCGGUUUGGAACUUGAGCUCCUGGAAUGCGCUGUUGUCAGGAUACUCGCAAGCGGAUUGUUUUGAGGAAGCCAAGGAUGUGUUUGAUCGCAUGCCCGCGAAAGAUUUAACUUCGUGGAGUGCCAUGUUUGCUACAGUUGCCACCUUGGGGCAUCUGUCUGAAGCUAAGGAGUUUUUUGGGUUAAUCCCCGAGUGGAAUACCAUUUCAUGCACGGCUAUGCUGUCGUGCUUUGCAAAACACGGGCAUUUAGAACAAGCUAAAAGGGUUUUUGACGAGAUGCCUGCGAGGGAUUUUAUUUCGUGGAACGCCAUGCUAUCUGCAUAUACCCAAUGCGAGCAUCUUGAUUCUGCCUUGGAGCUCUUUAACGCCAUGCCCGAGCGAAACUCCGUGUCGUGCACGACGAUUCUCGGCGGCUGCGCUCACAGCAAUCGAGCCAGUGAAGCGGAGCGCAUCUUUGCGAGCAUCCCGGCUCGGUACAAUGACGAUAUCGCGUGCUGGAAUGCCAUGCUGAGCGUCUAUGCUCGCGACCUAAACUCCUUGGAGAAUUCUAGGAUUUUCUUCGCGGCCAUGCCGCGCCAGAACCUCGUCUCGUUUGUCACCAUGAUGUGCGCCUACGCUCAGAGUGGGAGAUACCAGGACGCCGAAGCUCUGCUGGAUAGGAUGCCACACCACGACGUGGUUUCAUCUACGUCGGCGAUCCACGCAUAUGCACAACGAGGGCUUUUGCUUGAGGCGAUGGACGUGUUCUCGGCGAUGCGCGAGUGGAGCGUGGUGGCAUGCAACGCGAUGGUAAAUGGGUUUUCCCAGCUUGGGCGUGUGGAAGAGGCCAAGGCGAUUGUGGAUUCCAUGCCUGCCCACGACGUGAGCUCCUGGAACGCUAUCCUCGUCGCGUAUGCCCGAGAAGGGCAUAUGGAACAGCUCGAGCGGUUCUUUACCGCGAUGCCGCACAAGAACGCUGCGUCGUGGAGCUUGCUCAUCGCCGCCAUCGCCGGUGAUGGCAGGCCCAGCGCCGCGAGAAAGAUCUUCGAGACCAUCAGUCGCGACGAGGAUUUGCCGCUGUGGAACACGAUGCUGGGAGUUCUCGCACAGAGCUCGCAAAACAUCGGCACCGCCGAGGAGAUGUUUAGAGAGAUGACGAUGGAAGGCGCGAGCAGCCCAGAUGAGAUCAGCUUUACGUGGAUUCUACUCGAGUGUAGCCAUUCGGGGGACUUGGAGGCGGGAUAUGGAUGGUUUUGCUCCAUGAGAAUGGACUAUGGCGUGAGAACGAGCAAGCACCACUAUGGGUGUGUGAUCGACUUGCUGGGGCGAGCUGGGCGACUGGACGAAGCCCAGGAUCUUCUCGCAAACAUGCCGUUCAAGCCGCAAGCUCCUGAGUGGACUUGCUUUCUCGGAGCUUGCAGGAAGAGUUAUAGCCCUGACUCCACGAUGAACUUGGCGGCAAGUAGAGUGUUUGUCCUUGAGCCGAGAAAUGCUGCUCCGUACCUGUUGCUCACUAGAAGAAACACUAGCAACUAAAUUAGUGAAUUCUCUCUC